AUGGCAAACGGAGUUGCAAAAGGCAACAAGUUGAAAAGAUCUAUGGAAGAUGAUAAUGAAUUAAGAUCAGUCAAAAGGAAAACGACGCAUGACAUUCAAGAAAAAGGAAACGAACAAAUUGAUAUCGUUUCUCUUUUCAUGAAGACGCCAGACGUAAAGUUCGUUCUAAAUACCUUAAAACUGAUCAUGGCUGUGGUGUAUAAACAUAAAAUAUGGCACUAUUUGAGUACAGUGUCCUAUGCAACAGUCCGUCUUGAGCAGAAUAUUUCUGGUAAAACUCUUUUUGAGAACCCAAGAUGCAGAUUUUGCGCGGAUACACCGAGUUGCCCUCUUCAGUUUCAGAAUAUAAAAUUUACAGAGCCCCCCGUGAACUGGAAUAGCGAAAAGGUUAUCGAAGAAGAAAAGAACGAAGUGGAAGCAUCCAAGAAGGCCGUCUCAAGAGAUGAGAAGCUAUAG